UUCUUCUAACUAACUCGCAUAAGCUUUGAAAGUAGAAACGUACGGACCGUUAUAGACUAAACGUGUCUGCACACAAUUUGGUAUAUUCUACUGACUUUGCUUGUUUACUCUCUCUCUCUCUCUCUUUCUCUAUUUCUAGCAGAGGUGAAUUUUUCUGGCUAUUUCCUUUUUUUAUUUGGAUAAAAGAAGCCAAUAUAGUGGAAUGUAUAUAAAGUAAAUUGGCCGAUUGAUUAACGAAGUAAUCACGAACGAUUUCCCGUUACUCUACUCAACAACAACUACAACAACAACUACAACAACAACUACAAUAAUAUUAAUAAGAAUCAGUAAUAGUAGAAAUUAAUAAUAUUCAUCAAUAACAAUGUCAACAACAAAAAUAACGAAGAACGUUAGCGGGAAAACGAAGAUGAUACCACCGGACGGGGGGUGGGGUUGGGUUGUAUUAACCUCAGCCCUUACAGUAAAUUUCCUCAUCCCUGGAACCGUCAAAUCCUUUGGCGUUCUCUUCGUCGAAUUCCUUCACGUUUUCAAAGCAUCGCCGACAGCAGCAUCCUGGAUGCCGGCACUUUGUUAUUUUCUUUAUAAUUCAUUGGGUCCCUUGUCGAGUAUUCUAUCAACCAAGUAUUCUUACAAAGCCGUGACAUUAAUUGGUGGCGCAUUUGCUGCUACUGGAAUGAUGCUUAGUUAUUUUGCUAAUUCAGUAUCUUAUCUUUACGUCAGUUAUGGUCUAAUGGUUGGAAUCGGUGCUGGUUUAUCAUUUCCACCGACGGUUUAUAUCGUCACUGCGUACUUCCAAAGAUUACGUGGUUUUGCCAAUGGCCUUUGCAUUUCCGGGAGCGCGAUCGGGACUAUAGUAUUACCACCACUUCUUCAAUAUCUUCUUGACUGUUUUGGAUAUAGAGGCGCCGUGCUUAUUAUGGGUGCUUUAACAUUGAACACACUCGUCUGUGCAUUACUUUAUCAUCCCGUUGAACAACACAUGAUUGCAGUACCCAUUGAAGAAGGUAUCGAUAACGAUGCAUUAAGUUUGGACGAACCUAUCGAAGAGAAACAUCAAUCCAUCGAACCGGCAAAAUUGAAUUACAUCGUUCAAGAUGAGAAAUUAGAAAAAUUGGAUAAUACGACUAAACAGGUGCAAAAUUUAACAGAAUUGUUGACUAUGUCAAACAAAAAAGAUGAAGAAGUAGAAGAAGGAUCUGAAUUGAGCAAAUCGAACGAGAAAGAAGAAAGGAAACAGGAUCAAUGGAUAGUCAAGGAUCAAAUAAUGGAUAUUGGUAACGAAGAAGAAGGUGACAAGGUGCAAAGGAAUGUUCAACAAAAAUCCGAAGAAAAAGAGGAAGACGUUAAAGAGACUACGAGUAGGAACGAUGGAAAGGUUGUUGAUAAAAAACAACUAAUCACCAAUGAACCGUUCAAUUCUCGUCAAAUGAAUACAAUGUCGGAUAACGGUUCUUCUAACGUAUUAGGAUUAUCGAUAAAGAUGCAUCUACAUGAAGACAACGAGUCCGUGAAAUUGGACAAACCCGUGCAAGUAGAAAUGUCAACGUUUAAGUCAUCCAAAUUGGAAAUUUCAUCGACGAAGGAAAAAAGUAAAAAGAAGAAAGUUGAAUUACAAUUUGAUUUCAGUAUGUUAAAGGAUCCGAUAUAUCUGGUCAUUUUAAUUUCAAACUCAACGUCGGCUAUCAGCAAUACAAACUUUAUGAUACAUUUGCCGUCAUAUGCCAAUUCGCAAGGAUUCGAUCAAAAUUCAUCGGCCCUAUUGUUGUCGGUUGUUUCGGCACUUGAUUUGAUCGGUAGAAUAAGUGGUGCUUCAUUGUCAGACAUUGACUUCGUACCGAAAUAUUAUUAUUUCGUUGGUGGUCUUGGUACCAGUGGGAUUGCAUUAGCUUUAUUACCAAUGGCCGACAGUUAUGGGAUGCUAUCAUUCUUCUGUGCACUAUUUGGUCUCUCUUCCGGCAUGUACAUUGGCAUCACUACCGUUAUCCUAGCUGACAUGCUUGGUACCGAGAAACUAAGUUCCUCAUAUGGAAUCUCGCUGUUCGUUAACGGUGUCCUACAACUAAUCGGACCACCUAUUUGCGGUGUCGUAUUCGAACACGUUGGUUCUUACAAACCAAUUUUUUUGGCAUUCGGUAUUAUACUUAUACUGGGUACUGCUCUUUGGGCUUUGGUACCUUUGAUAAAAAGGAACAGUAAAAAGAAACUCGAAAAGGUAUAACGAUUAUAAUAAAAGUGUGUUAUGUUAUACGAACUGAUAGAACAUUCUAGCGAAUGAGAAGGUUACUGAUUAUGAUUAGAUGUUUUCAUUAAUCAUUCGUUCGUGCAAUUUUUGUGAUUUACAUCAUUCCAAGGAAAAGUAUAUACAAAAAUAUGUUCGUAGUUAAAAUGAAUAAAAAAAAAAAAAACAACAACAACAUAUGCAGGGACUACGUAAGCGUAAUUAAUAUUACAAUUUACAUAUAUAUAUAUAUAGAUAACUCUCACAAGAAUGUUGUGAGCAUGUCACUCUCAAUAUUUGUUAGAGAUGUGUGUAUGCUCGUAAUCAGUAUUUAGCGAAUUAGAAUUCACGCGAAGAAUCGUUUUAUAUUUUCGUUAAUGUUUAAUUACGAAAAAAAGCGAUUUCACAAUCACAACGUGCGAUUUCAUUUUGAAUUAUCGUCAUAUUAUAGUCAUUCAUUGAUCAUUGCAAGUGGUGGACUGCCCGUCUAACGUGACAAAAACAUAAUACAAUUUUUCUAAGAACCAAUGUUAGUGUUUAUGCGUUUCCAAAUAUAAUUACAAGAAUUUAUAUCAGGCGAAUCGUCGAUGUAUUAUUUUCUGUCGUUCGUAAUUAUGAGAUUGUUUUUUUUUUUUUUAAUAUUUUUUUUAUGAUUUAAUUUUUACGAAAGAUACGUCGAGCUGAUAUUUUGCUCUGACAUUAAUAGUAUAGUAUAUUCAUAGUAUCUUUAAUCUAAUUAAUUAGUUACUUAUAGAUUUCUGAAAUGAAUGUUUUAAUUAUAAAAAAUUAGGUGACAUAAAUUUCCAUAGAAAUGUGUUACUCAAAAAGUGAAACAAAAUCUCGGUUGCAACAUGUUGUUGUUAAAAUAAAAAAAGAAACAAAGGAACAAAUAUUUAGAGAUUAUAAAAAAAAAAAUAAAAAUAAAAAUAAAUUUUCUUUAACGUUCGACGAUUUUAUUUGUUUUGUUUAUACAUUAACGAUUCACACAGAUGCUCCGAAUUUUCUGGGUAUUCGUAAAUAUCUAGUCACGCCUGUGCGAAUGUACAAAAUGCUGCUGCACGCGCGAGCUACCUAAAAAUAUUUCUUAAUUACUGUUAAAAAAAAAAAAAAAAGGCAAAGAAAAAGGGGAGAAGAGAGAGAGAAAAAAAAGAAAAAUAAAAAAAAGAUAAAUCUCAUCGAUGAGUGAAAACGCGUGGGAGAAAAAGGUGUGUUUAAAAAAAGAAGAAGAAGAAGAAGAAAAAAAGAAAAAAAAAGAAAAAAGAAGACGUAUAACGCGUACGUGAACUCGACACUGUGAGUGCUGAAGCUAAAAAAAAAAGGGGCGUAUUUGUUCAUAAAUAGUUCUUCGCACUUGGAUUAUUCGCUUAUCUGGUAAAAGAGUAUCCGAGAUGAUAUUGUGUAUGUUUAAUAUAGCGUUGUGUGACGAGAUAUAUGAGA